AAAGCGGGAGUCGAAUCUUCUGGGAUCACGCGCCUGUCUGGCUUCAGCAAUCUGAUCCGAAGUACCCGUCUACCUACCUACUUACCUAGGUAGGUACCUAGGUAAAGGGCUUGUACUUCCGUUAUUGUCCAACCCAUUCUAGAACGUAAGUAAGGUAGGUACAUGACCAAGGCUCUUUCCCAAAGUCUGAAAAGAGUCAAUUUAACCAAUCACCCUCUGAUACGGCCUAGGUGGGUACGACUUAUUACCGCGCUUCCACCUUCUUCCUUCCACCUUCUUCCUUCCGCCGUCAUUUAAUACCAGUCUUUCCCUCCUUUAUUCAAUCUUUUCGAAAUCAUCUUCCCUCAUCAGAAACAAGUCCGAAUUUCAUAAUGUCCGCGCCUCGAGUUUUCAAGGGUCGCGAGGAGGAGAUGACGAUGGAACAGCUCGCGGCUUCGAGCGCUACAGCAAAGAUCCAGUCAACCAGCGGAGGCUUUAACGUUGGGGAUGUACCCCUGAUCAAAUCCGACAUAGCCUCCAGUCCAGCUGCCAAUGCACAGCCCGUCACCGCUGAGACCAAGAAGCGCAAAGCAGGUCGCCCUUCCAAGACGAGUAGGGCUGUCAAAAAGCUCAAAUUGGCCGAAAGCCCCGAGGUCGAGGCCGAAACUCCGCAGAGCGCUGUCCCAUCGGCUGAAAACUCGUCUUCCUCGCCUUACGCGACUCCGGACUCUCCUUCUCUCAAUAAACGGAAGAUGCAACAAUCUGCUAGAGAGCUCAGUCAAGGUGCCAGUGUGCACAACUCCAAUGACGAUGUGAAGGAAGACGCUGUCCCCGAGCCUGUCUCAGUUCAUACCCGGCGCGGUCGCCCGCGAAAGAACCAGAUACCCAUUCCGGUCAACACAACUGGUAAAGGCAAGUCCAAAGCCAAGCUGCCUCUGCUCGUCUCCCGACGCUUAUUCCCCAGGCGAUACACAAAAACUAAUCAACGUGGGAUCAUAGACUCGGUUCGAACCAGCCGCGCCUCUACUCGCAUUGGUUCUGAGAAGGCUGCUCCUGCCAAAACCCCUCAGGCUCGGGCUGCUCCCACUAAGAGGGUAUUUGCGUCUUGUUUCUUCGUGUUUCGAGAUUCCGAACUGACCAAGAGAAUGACAGGCCUCUUUCUCUUAUGGCCGAGGUGUUGGUCGUCCCAAGAAGACUCCCCGCAAAGGAGAUUCGGGCAACCCGCAGUUCACCAGGGAGGAGUAUGUCGUGGAGAAGAUCGUCGGCUCCCGCAUCGACCCCAUCACCAAAGAGCAUAUGUAUAUGGUGAAGUGGAAGGAUUACACCGCGAAGGACAACACCUGGGAGCCGGUGAAGAAUCUUGGAAAAUGCAGUUCCCUUAUCAAGACAUUUACCGACUCUCAAAAUUCAAAGGGAAGGAGAAAGGGAAGGAAGUAAAGGACGCUGGCCAGGCUAUGUCAACAACUUGACCUGCAUCGUUGUUAUCAAUGCUCAAGUCGACAACCUGGCUCGAAUCUGUGCUUUGCGUUGCGGGGAUAUUUUCAUUUUGACUUUAAGGCGGUCAACGCUCAUGGAAAAGGAACAUCGAGGGCUCAACGGAAUAGGAGAGCGCCUCGAACUGAGUUUCCUGGGAGCAGGUUGCUCUCGCAUUUGCAUAGGGACGGAAUGACGUGGGGGGUGGUGGUGCAGCUUUGGUAACUGCCGACAGUAGAUUGGCCAACUAGUCUAGCUUAGCUCCCCACAUGAUAUUCUCCGACUGGAUG